CGUUAGAUCCGGUUUGAUUUUACUGCUAGCAGUAAAAAUGGCAGCGUAUUCUGAGCUGGGAGUUAUGCCUGAAAUCGCGCAGGCUGUGGAGGAGCUGGACUGGCUGCUACCCACUGACAUCCAGGCAGAGUCCAUCCCGCUGAUUCUGGGUGGAGGAGAUGUGCUUAUGGCAGCGGAAACUGGUAGUGGCAAAACAGGAGCUUUCAGUAUCCCAGUGAUCCAGAUUGUUUACGAGACCCUGAAGGAUCAACAAGAGGGCAAGAAAGGCAGAGCUGCUAUCAAAACAGGAGGAGCUAUUUUCAACAACUGGCAGAUGAAUCCUUAUGAUCGCAGUACAGCCUUUGCUAUUGGCCCUGAUGGACUGUGCUGUCAGAGCAGGGAGUUUAAAGAAUGGCACGGUUGUCGCUCCACUAAAGGAGCCACUAAAGGGAAGUACUAUUAUGAGGUGACUUGCCAUGACCAAGGUCUUUGCCGGGUGGGGUGGUCCACCGGUCAGGCAGCUCUGGAUCUGGGAACUGAUAAGUAUGGCUUUGGUUUUGGUGGCACUGGAAAGAAAUCCAACAACAAGCAGUUCGACAGCUAUGGGGAGGAGUUUACCAUGCAUGACACUAUCGGAUGCUACCUGGAUCAAGACAAUGGACAGAUUUCCUUCUCUAAAAAUGGCAACGACCUGGGUACUGCCUUUGAAAUCCCUCAGAAUCUGAGGAAUCAGGCUUUCUUUGCCUCCUGCGUUCUCAAGAAUGCUGAGCUGAAGUUUAACUUUGGAGGAGAAGAGUUUAAAAAUCCACCUAAGACUGGGUUUGUCGCCUUUGACAAGGCACCGGAGACUCAUAUAGUCAAAUCAUCUCAGACAGGGACGGCCAAAGUGACUCAAGUUAAAGGGCCAUCAAAUGCGCCCAAAGCUCUGAUCAUCGAACCAUCUAAAGAACUGGCUGAGCAAACCCUCAACAAUGUCAAACAGUUUAGGAAAUAUGUGGAUAAUCCCAAACUCAGAGAUCUUCUGGUGAUUGGUGGUGUGCCUGCCAGAGACCAGCUGGCAGCUCUGGAGCAGGGGAUUGACAUUGUGGUGGGAACACCUGGCCGUUUGGAUGAUCUCAUAUCCACAGGGAAACUCAGUCUCGCCCAAGUCAGGUUUCUGGUCCUGGAUGAGUGUGAUGGCCUCUUGUCCGCGGGCUACACAGACUUUAUCAACAGGAUCCAUAACCAGAUCCCUCAGGUCACCUCUGAUGGCAAAAGACUGCAGGUCAUUGUGUGUUCAGCCACCUUGCACUCAUUUGACGUGAAGAAGCUGUCUGAGCGCAUGAUGCAUUUUCCCACCUGGGUGGACCUGAAAGGAGAGGACUCUGUUCCAGAGACUGUCCACCAUGUGGUCGUGCCCGUCAACCCAAAGAACGACCGCCAAUGGGAGCGUCUCGGCAAGAACCACGUUCAGACGGAUGAAGUUCACGCCAAAGACAACACCAGACCAGGUGCCAAUAGUGCAGAAAUGUGGUCAGAAGCCAUCAAGGUGCUGAAGGGCGAGUACACAGUGAGGGCCAUUAAAGAGCACAAGAUGGACCAGGCUAUAAUCUUCUGUCGCACCAAGAUCGACUGUGAUAACAUGGAGCAGUACUUCAUUCAGCAAGGAGGAGGUCCAGACAAGAAAAAUCACCAGUUGUCCUGCGUUUGUCUUCACGGCGAUCGGAAGCCGAACGAGCGGAAAAAUAAUUUGGACCGCUUCAAGAAAAAAGAAGUGAGGCUGUUGGUCUGUACUGAUGUGGCUGCCAGAGGAAUCGAUAUAUCUGGAGUUCCUUAUGUGAUUAAUGUCACCCUGCCAGAUGAGAAGCAAAACUAUGUCCAUCGCAUUGGCAGAGUUGGAAGAGCUGAGAGAAUGGGACUGGCCAUCUCAUUGGUUGCCAUGGAGAAAGAGAAAGUGUGGUACCACGUUUGUGCGAACCGAGGUAGAGGCUGCUACAACACCCGACUGAAGGAAGAUGGAGGUUGUACCAUCUGGUACAAUGAGAAGGAGCUCCUUUCAGAUAUUGAAGAGCAUCUUAAGUGCACCAUCACACAGUGCGAGGCUGACAUCAAAGUACCACUUGAUGAUUUUGAUGGAAAAGUGACUUAUGGGCAACGCAAAGCUUUGGGAGGGGGAAACUACAAGGGUCACGUGGAGGCUCUGGCCCCGACGGUCCAGGAGUUGUCCAGCCUUGAGAGAGAAGCUCAAACGUCCUUCCUUCACCUAGGAUACAUACCAAACCAACUCUUCAGAGCCUUCUAAGCCCGAGUUACCGUAACAGCACUACAAGCUUCGGUUCACAGAAUGAAAUGUUCCCGUGUUAACCAACAGGAUUUUUUUUGUUUUUGUUUUUCAACUUUUGUUGAAGUUUAAAAAAUGUAGUUAAUUUAUGAUUCGCAUGAAUUGCAAAGCUGUCAAAAUACCCACAUUUUGAGGAAAAUUAAGUAGUAAUUCUGAGUUUGAAAUUGGCAGCGUUUGGCAUUGUGAACUCGUUGAGCUCAUUUUGUGUUUUCAUUCACAACUGAACUGAGAAUAAUAUUAAUCGGUAUCCUGAGUUACUGGAUUUUCUGAAUGAUAUUAAAGUUUAUUUGUAGAA